AUAUCAAUAAAAUUGCAACUAAACUAACAUGCACAUCCAACAGUACCACUGAAGGAUAACCAUAAUCAGAGGGUCUCCACUACAGCAUUCUUCAGGGGUGGACCUUACUUUUACAACUGGCCCAGAUGGAUUGCAGAGCCACAGAUGUGGUAGAUGUAGGAGGAAGCCAAGUUAUGUUCACCUAUAGAUCAUGGACAAUCAAGUUUUAACCAGUCCUGCUGUGAGUUCUGGGGCAGCAGUCAAUUGUUUUGAAACUAAUCUUACACAACUCUUAAAUUCUUUAAAUAUUUUUAUGAUAAAAUCUCUUUUUUUUUUCAUCUGAUUUUUCCUACACGGAUGAAUGAGUUAUAAAUGUUUUUUACUCUUGGAGAUUUAAAUGUCUUAAAAUAUUUUCGGUUGCAUUUAGUUUUUCUGUCUCAUGACGUCUACUAGGCUACUGUUGUAUUGUUAGGCAUGUCACUGGAGGGUAUACAUUGGGCAUUAAGUAUGGUAUUUUCAGAAAUAAAUAUUUAAUUUCAGAAAGUGUCCCUCACUUUUCAACAAACGGGAUCAAAAUUGCUUCAUAAAUUAACUGACUGCCCAUGAUUAAGUUUUUUUUAUUAUUAUUUUUUUUUUAAAUCAUCUUAAGUUUUAUUGUUUAUUUGUUCUCAAAUGAAACUUGGGUCAUAUCCAAACUUCGGGUCGGAUGUGAUGUGUGAAAUAUCUGAUGCAUACGUUGAGGCCAGUGUGUCCCAUUGUGAUGGAUUUCUCUGAGUGUCAGAGUGAGAAGUGACGGCCAUGUUUGCCGGCGCCGCUGCUGUAAACAAAAAGUGUCUCCGAGACAGACGCUUCGUUGAAUUUCGGGUCAUUUUUAUUUCUUCAAUUUAUAAUGUCUUUGGGCAUGUCUUACAAACCCAAUGUUCACCAGCAGAUUCCGGGUGCUUCAGGGAACCAAGUUGGAAACAUAUCCUCAACAUCUAACAUGACAACAAUCCAGUCCUUCAGGCCGGUGGUGAAUGACUUUGGGCCACCCACCCUGGGCUUCCAACAGGGGCCAAAUGGAAACCAGGUACCUCAAAACAAAUAUGCCGAACUCCUGGCAAUCAUUGAGGAGCUUGGGAAGGAGAUCCGGCCGACGUAUGCAGGGAGCAAGACUGCAAUGGAGAGACUGAAGCGAGGCAUCAUCCAUGCCAGAGGGUUGGUCCGUGAGUGCUUGGCAGAGACAGAGAGGAAUGCAAGGUCUUAGCCAUGGCAGGCUAUACCCACCCCCUCCCCCUCCCGCACUGAACGCAGACCUGAUCAUAGAGACACUGCAUGCUCUCCUCUACAGAGAAGGCUUGGGAAUGGCAGGCAGAAGCUUUGAGUAUUUUGUUACAUAGUAAAGGCAGUCACAUGCAGGGAUGAGGGGUUUUAGGCUAUGGCUCUCAAAGGCACCCUAAAACCUGCACUGUAAAUAUAGUUAUCUUCUCAGAGCCAGUUACACGUAAAUAAGUUUUGAAUUUGAGAUAAAAAUGUAAAAAUGCAUGCAAUUGGGCAAACCCCCUUGAUUUAAUUGACUGAAAGUGCAUGGCCGUGUCAGGGUUAGAGUAGUCAAGAGCUUUGACGUGUGGAAUAUAUGUGUGUACGUUUUUAUGAUUAUCUUAACAAUAAACAAUGAAGACUUUGUAUGUUAUGACAUUAUACAAUGAGUUUCGACAGCCAGUUGCUACACCUGUUGUUUGCGUUUUGUACGUAUUUAUUACCUUGCGUAAUAAAGUGUAUUUUCAAUAAAA